UUUAAUUUAAUGGUGUGUAAAUGGAAUACAAAUUCAGAAGUUUCAGAAGUGUUUUUAAAUGUAUUUUAACAUGUUCGAAAAUUCAAUGAAUAAAGUAGAUUUCAGAUGUACAUAUGUAUACCUACAUACAUAUGUAUCACAGUUGGUCUAACAUGUAAAUCUUCAGCAUAUUUUGUGUUAUAUAUAUGAAAAGAUCUUACUUAUGAGGAACAUCUACCUAUAGCUACCAAAAAUAUUUUAAAAAUAUACGUUUUAAGAUUCAAAUUGUAAGGCCAUUUUAGAGCUUACAAUCGAGAUCAUAAGAAUAAAUAUUAUGAAGCCCACAUCAGGCGAAACGUUAAGAGCUUGGAUUUUUUCGGCUCUAAUGGUACAUGGAGCUGUUGCAGGCAAUCCAGAUGCAAAACGGCUUUAUGACGAUCUCUUGAGCAACUACAACAAAUUGGUCCGGCCUGUUGUUAACACCACAGAUGUUCUUAAAGUGUGCAUAAAAUUAAAACUUUCACAGCUUAUUGAUGUGAACUUAAAAAAUCAAAUUAUGACCACCAAUCUUUGGGUGGAGCAGUCAUGGUACGAUUACAAACUUCGAUGGGAGCCUAAAGAGUAUGGAGGAGUGCAUAUGUUGCAUGUACCAUCUGAUCAUAUUUGGAGACCAGAUAUCGUUCUCUAUAACAAUGCUGAUGGUCAUUAUGAAGUCACACUUAUGACAAAAGCAAUAGUCUAUAGUAAUGGACUUGUGAUUUGGCAACCACCUGCCGUCUAUAAAUCGUCUUGUUCAAUCGAUGUUGAAUAUUUUCCAUAUGACGUACAAACGUGCAUCUUAAAAUUAGGAAGUUGGACCUAUGAUGGUUUUAAGGUUGACUUGAGGCACAUGGAUGAGCAACUGGGAAGCAACGUUGUAGAUGUUGGUGUGGAUUUAUCCGAGUUUUAUAUGUCUGUUGAAUGGGAUAUUCUCGAGGUGCCAGCUGUCAGAAAUGAAAAGUUUUACACUUGCUGCGAUGAACCUUACCUGGACAUUACAUUUAAUAUAACAAUGAGAAGAAAAACGCUUUUUUACACUGUUAACAUAAUUAUACCUUGUAUGGGAAUUUCAUUUUUGACUGUACUAACUUUCUACCUGCCAUCCGACAGCGGAGAAAAGGUGACAUUGUCAAUAUCCAUUUUGAUUAGCCUCCACGUGUUCUUUCUUUUGGUUGUCGAAAUCAUACCUCCUACAUCGCUGGUGGUACCUUUGCUGGGAAAAUACCUAAUAUUUGCUAUGAUACUCGUUUCAAUAAGUAUCUGCGUUACCGUCGUUGUUUUAAACGUUCACUUCCGUUCUCCGCAAACUCAUAGAAUGGCUCCGUGGGUAAAACGAGUUUUUAUUGAUUUUCUGCCUAAAUUUCUUUUUAUAAAGAGACCAACAUAUAAUUUUGACACAAGUAAACUGCUCCUAAAGGAAACACAUGCGUGCUUUUAUCCAUACUACUCGUCCACCAAUAUAGAUCGCCUUGUUUCAUCACGAUACAGCCACACACAAUCUAAGGAAGAGUUGUCUCACAGCUUAACUGCUAAUGGGCCAUUUGGUGGCAGUUGUCAAGUUCAUGGCCCGUUACCAACACUUACUAAUUGUAGCUCUGACGAUUUGGCAGCUGUUCCCGACUUAGAUAUUGGUUCUUCCGGGAUGAAAAGUCCAAUAUUAAACAACCCUGCAUUUUCACACUCCAAAUGUCCACCUAGAAUCCACAAAAGCUGUUUCUGUGUCCGUUUUAUAGCGGAGCAUACCAAAAUGCAAGAGGACUCAACAAAAGUAAAGGAAGAUUGGAAGUACGUCGCUAUGGUCUUGGAUAGACUGUUUCUGUGGAUAUUUACGUUAGCUGUUCUUGUCGGCACAGCUGGCAUUAUAUUGCAAGCACCAACAUUGUACGACGACCGGAUUCCUAUCAUUGAACAAAAAGACUUGGACUUUUCCGGAACAUCAGCUGGUCGCUGUAGACCUCCACAAUAACAUUUAAAAAAAAACCAACGAAUGUUUACAAACUGAAAAUGUUUCAGAUACAAUUGAAUCUGCUAAUAUUUUAUUUUCAAUUUUUUCAUAAGUUAUGCAUAAAUAUAUUUUUGUGAAAACAGAAUAUGUAUUGGCGUUAAUUAAUACUUUUUUUUAUUGUGGAUGUUUAAUAUUCCAAUUACGACCGAUUAAACUAAGUCCAAUAUUCAAUAAGCAAUUUCCAUAUUCCUGUGUGUCGGAAUCUACAGAUCACCUUACUUAAGGAUACAAGACUCCAGAAUUUAAUUUUAUGAGGAUUUCAUGCGUUCUUUUGCUAUUAUCUGCUAUAAGAAAGAUGAUUAUUAAAAAAUUUUCUCCGACAAGGUAUUUCUAACAUAUUAAAAUAUCUAUUAAAAAUACUAGAACAAUUGUUGAAUCUCGGCUAACCUGUAUAGUUUUAACUGUUAUUUACCUCGGAAUUUUGGUCCGGUGCGACAGAGGUUUAAAUUUAAUCUAAGAAAAACUACGAAUCAUAUUGGCGUAAAAUUGUAACCAUUUUAAAUAGACAUCAAGCCCCAACAUUAACGAAAACUCCCAUCAAUAUAUUGAUUCUACUUUCGCUGAA